AUGGCUCCAAACCUCUUCCUCUGCCUGCGCACUCUCUGCUGCCCGACCUACUGGUUCCAGCAUGGUGAUCGCAUCGACGGCAAUGUCAACCGAGAACAACACUGGGAAACCCCCGUCCCAGGAACCUACAAGUUUCUCCCCGGUCGCGGCUGGCACCUGAUCCAGCGCGAUAGCUGCGACUACGAAGAAAAGGCCCCUGCUGCCCUGGUCUACUGCCGCAUCCUCCACCGUUACAUGUUCGAGUCGGAACUCGAAGAGCGCUGCCGCUGGUUUUCGGCUCCGCUGCACAAGGGCGCUCGGCCUGAGCAGCUCCGCUUCUUCCUCCUCGACGAUGGCAUUCACUGGGUGGCCGGCUGGGACGCCAAGGGUCGCUUCAUCCCGGGCCCUUACCCCAAGUGGUGGCUGGACGAGGAUGGCGAAACCAUGCGCCGCGGCGUGUCGCCGCCCGCGAGUGCCAACGUCUCUCGAUGCAACAGUAUUGUCGUGCCCAAGUUCGACUAA